UAAGAACAUCUCGUUAUCUUUGAAGGAACGUACAGGUUAACUACACUGAAGAAAUCACGUCAAACCACAACCAUCUGAAAUAUAUUAUUCACUUUGAACUUGACACUCCAAAAUGGCUCCUGGUCUCAUUGAAACAGUUAGCGACUUUUCUCAUCUCCCCAAGACUGAGUACCGCACCAAGCUAGAGGUGAAGCCCAAAUCAGCGCUUUUCCCUGAUGGUUACAAAACCACUGGACAACAGCCUCCUCUUUACGAUGAGAUACACCCAUACUCAGACUUCCCCAAGAAGAUCACAGGUAUAACAGCCUGGACUAAAGAUGAUCUCUCUGGAUCUCCUGAGAAGGAAGCCAUCUGGAAGCACCCAUUCGCUCAGGAAGAGCUCGAAGACCUGAGCACCGCUGCUGAGAAUUACAUCAACAGCGGUCGGGACUUGAACGAGAUGUGCAAGGAACUCUUCCCUCUUCCUCGCAUGGCUAAGUACCUUGAAGAGGUUCGAGAUGAUAUGAUCAAUGGUUACGGAUUCAUCUUGUUUCAAGGCAUGCCUGUCAAGGAAUGGGGCAUGCGUAAGUCUUCUACGGCAUACAUGGGCUUGGGGGCUCACUUCGGGCACAUCGUGAGUCAGAAUGGCAGGGGGCAUGUGCUGGGGCAUAUCAAGGAUCUUGGUGAGAAUCCGGCAGACUUUCAUAAGGUCCGGCUGUACCGAACCACGGCCAGGCAAACCUUCCAUGCCGACCCGGCAGAUAUUGUGGGCCUUCUUUGCCUCAAUACUCCUCUGAAAGGAGGUGAGAACAACAUAGUUUCAGGCCACCAAGUCUGGAAUGUUAUGCAAGAGGAGCGUCCUGAUAUCGCGGAACUUCUCACGCAGCCCAUUUGGUACUUUGACCGAAAGGGAGAAGUCAGUGAUGGACAAGAGGAUUACAUUCGAUGUGCCAUUUACUACAUUGAGAAGGGUAAUGGAAGAGUCUACUCAAAAUUUGACCCGAACUACGUCAGAUCUCUGAAGCGAUUUUCUGACAAAGGCAUCAUCCCCCCUCUCUCUGAUGCACAGGCAGAGGCGAUCGAGUUCUUUGAUCAAACCUGCUACAGAGAAUCAAUCGGCAAUGUUCUUGAGGUUGGCGACGUUCACUUCAUGACAAACAACCAUCUCUACCAUUCCCGACAGGCCUAUACAGACCACGAGCCGCCCGCUCCCAGGCGCCAUCUUCUGCGACUGUGGGUCUCUACACCUGAAAGUGAAGGGGGCUGGAAACUGCCUUAUCAUGACUCUGAUUGGAAGAGGAGGGGCGGGGUGCAGGUUGAUGAUCGUCCUCACAAGGUUUUGCUCCAUGCAGACUGAAGAUAACGCUUCUCAAGUCUCUAUUCGUGGGAUUGUUAACCUUGAAUGGCAAUUGCUCAAGUUUACAACAAGAUGUGGAUAUGCAUCG